CCGUGCGUAGGCGCACAGGAGGACGCUCCAGGCUCCGGCCCCGCUCUUCCGAGCCGAGCCGAGGCAGCGGGGUCUGUGCGGCGGCGUCUCGCGGUCCUUAUUCGCCACGCCCGGCGCUUCGGUCGGCACUCAGAGCUGCAGGCCCGGUCUGCAGCACCCAUAUCCUCCCUUCGCCGGAGCUGUUUAGGCCACGGGGCCCAUGGGGUCCCCCAGGCUCCUUCAAAACACCACUCACUGUCUUCCUGUGCCCACUGCGCCCCGCACGAAUAACCAAACAGUAAAACUCGGCCUCCUGUGCUUGGCCACGUGCGCCCAGGAGGCAUCCCGGCCCUGGUCGGGGAGCCAGUGCCCAGUGCCCCGCGGGCCCAUCCUGGGCGAACCUCCCUCGCCGCCGGCGUGCGCAGGUGGGCCGCAGCCCUGCCCAGGGAUUGAAUGCUCCCUUGCCGAGGCGAAUCGGCCUCCGUUCCGGGAGUUCCAGUCUGGCCCUGGCGCUCCGGAGCCGUUGGCCCCUUCCGCCCAAACGGAAGACGUGUUCCCCCCUCCCUUCUUUGUGUUUCCCUCGCACAAAAGGCCCGGUGCGUGUUGGGGCCGGCCUUUGCUCGGCCGCCUGGAGGCCCCGGGCGGAGCCUGUGCCAAACCGGCCGGGGCGGGCCGCGCGGGGCCGCAGGGCGCAGACCUCCCACCGCUUCCCGGUCCCUCCCGGGCCUUUCUUUUCGGUUCUCUCGCUUCCCCGAGUUCCUGCUCACAUUCAAGCGACGUCUCCGCCUGGCUGCCAGGGAGAGCUGCGUCCUUGAGCCGAGCUGGCCAGAGGUGGCGGUGGGAGGCCAGGCUCCCGGCACCGGAAAGAAAAGAGAGGACAAAAAGAAGCGAAUUUCCGCCGGUGUUUCUGGUCCGGAAGCCAGGAGAGAUGCGUGGAACGGCGGCGUUCGGCGCCCGACCGUGCGCGGUGAACCCGGAGACCUCGAGCGGUUCAGGGGCUGCGAAGAGCCUCGUUGGAGAAAGCAGCGGCCGCUGAGCGCGGGAGAGACCCUCUCCAGGUUCCCAGUGUCCCCCGCACCGCGGCGUGCGCUCUUCCUUGGCUCUCUCCGGCACGCGCCUUUCAGGAACCAGCCCGGGAACCGACCACUCCAGCCCCGGUCAGGCUCUGUCGAUAGUGGCGGCGGCGGCGGUGUGUGUGUGUGUGUGUGUGUGUGUGUGUGUGGCUCGUCGCCGUGCUCCGGCUGCUACCUCUGGGCCGCCACAGGAAGGGGAAGAUGCGCGGGGCGAGUCGGGGACCCGGGUAAGGCGCUCUCGGGUGCCCGGAGCCCUCGCUCGGCUUGGCCGGAUCCCAUCGCAAGUCGGGAAUCCGCUGCGGCUCUGAGAGCUCCCCAGUCUCAUCUCCGAGCGGGAGCCCGCGCUCUGGGGGGAACCCAGCCGCGCGGGUGCAUGGCCGAAGGCCCGCGGAACACACUGGACACCGCGUGGGCGUGCGACUCCUGGCAGGCACCACAGGAGAACUACCCGAGCCCUCCCGCCGCCUCCCUGCACACCUCUGUAGUCCCAGGGCAGCACCAAGCAAUCGCCUUUGGAUCCUGCUCUCCUUUGCCCUGGGCGUGUGCAGCCGUGGGAAACCUGUCCCAGCUGAAAUCCCUGCUCACCUGUUUCCACGGCAAGCCUGGUUGGUGAGGACCAUGGGCUGCAGGUACCCCUCCUCCUGGCCACCUGUGGGCUCUGUGCUCAGGGCUAGUGCUCCCCUUAGGAGGGAGUCCUUUCCUUCAAGUCUCCCUUGGCCCAGAGGAGAGUCGGAGGUUCUGGGAAUGCUGAGCCCACUGAUCUUGAACUACAGGAGAAAGAAAUGUGCAACAUGCAAAGGGAACAUUCCUUGGCUGGACUGUGUGCAGGCGCAGAACUCCAGCUCAGAGACUGAGAGAAUUCCUAACCACUCCUCUUCCAGUAAGCUCAAAAGUUCCUCUGCUCCUAGGGUGACUUCUCUGAGCAAGGAAGCCAUGCUGUUUACAGGGUCCCUGCUAAUGCUCCUUGGAAAGCACCAGAAGGCAGUCCAAGUCCUUGGGCCUCUGCUGCCCACGUGGGAAACCUGGAUAAAGCUCCUGGCUUCUGGCCCAGCCCUGGCUGUUGUGGCCAUUUGGGAAAUGAACCAGCAGAUGGGAGAUCUCUUUUUCUUUGUCUGUCUCUUUCUCUCUGUAACUCUGCUUUUCAAAUAAAUGAAUCUUAAACAAAUAAAUAAAUAAAACUCAAGCAGUACUAAGUCUAUCUGGUACAAGCAAACUUCCUCCACCAGGUCCCCAGAGGCAACUUCUGUUACAGUUUCUUGUUUAGUCCAGAAAGAAUGCUGGCUGUACAAAUAUUUACUCAUCGGUCUCUUUCACACCAGUGCUGGCACAUGCUGCACAGGCCUGUCACAGAAGAUUCUCUCUCUGGCUCCUGUAACCACCAACCCCAGAAUCCCUGCAGCACAGCGGUGAGAGGUGCCCCAUCACCAAAAUGGGACAAGGACCCCCCUUAUCUUGGAGAUGUCCCUCGGCUCCUGACGGUGCUUCCCCCCACCCCUGCUUUCCUCGCUCACAGAGAAGCUAGGAUACUCAGAGCCCCAGGGGAGGGGAGAUCAAGGUGCCUUCUGCACUGAAUAAAAUUCCACAAGGCAGGUGUGCCUGGGACAGUACUGGUAGCUGCUGCUGAAACUAGCCGGUGC